UUUAUCGGGCUCGUUUAGCGGCUCUCCGGCGGACGGAGGGUCCUUUCCCAUAUUGCCGACCUUCGACAGCGUGCGCGUUUGCGCACGCCUCCAGAGAGCAAGAAUCGGCUGCGCUGUCGGAGAGACCUGCGCCUGGAAAAGACUUGAGGAGUCAAUGCCAGGCAGGAGGCAUUCGCCGGGAAUUCAAGAGCAGCGGCUGCGAGACAGUUUCCUUGGUCUGUUCGUGGAGUACGCGGCGCACAGCCGCAGUAUACGACAACAUCGCCGUCCGGACGCAGCUGCAAGCAGGGAGAACUUGUUAGGCACGUGGCGUGGCCUCCGCUGAAAGAAGGUGUGGCACGGACGUAUCCGGGUGUCACUAAAUCAUGUCGAAGAAGAAAGUAUGCAUUGCGGGCGCCGGGUCGAGCGGACUGACGUGCGCGCGCCAGAUGCUCGACUACGGCUUCGACGUGGUGCUGUACGAGCGGUCCGCGGACAUCGGAGGCCUCUGGGCGUACCACGACGAUGACGUCGAGGGGCGGGCGUCCGUCAUGCGCACUACCAUUAUAAACACCAGCAAAGAGAUGAGCGCCUUCAGUGACUUUCCACCGCCCAAGGACCUCCCCAACUACAUGCACAACACCAAGAUGCUGGGCUACUUCCGGAGCUACGCCGACCACUUCGGCGUCACCAAGCACGUGAAGACGAGGCACGACGUGGUGCAGGUGACGCCAGCCGCGGACUACGAGAAGACGGGCCGCUGGGACGUGCUCGUCAGGGACCUGGAAGCGAACACCGACCGCACGGAGACGUUCGACGCCGUGGCCGUGUGCGUGGGACACCACGUGUACCCGAACGUGCCGCACUUCAAGGGACAGGAGAAGUUUCGCGGCCGCAUUGUGCACACGCACAGCCUGAAGAACGCCGACACGUUCCGGGACCACCGGGUGGCCGUGGUUGGCAUCGGCAACUCGGCGGUCGACGCCGUCGUCGACGUCAGUUACGUUGCCCUCGAGACGUACCUGUCCACGAGAAGGGGCGCCUGGGUGGCCAAGCGCGUCGGCCCCAACGGCAUGCCCAUCGACAUCUUCCUAGCCACGCGGCUCAAGAACUACAUGACGCGCGCCCUGCCGGAAUCGGUGACCAACGACUAUCUGGAGAACAUCUUGAACGGGUUCUUCAACCACGAGGCUUACGGACUCAAGCCCAAGCACCGCUACAACGCGCAGCACCCGACCGUCAACGACGCGCUGCCCAACCUCAUCCUCAGUGGCAAGGUUUGCGUGAAGAAGGACAUCGCCGAGUUCACCGAAGACGGCGUACUCUUUCAAGGCGACGACAAGGUGACCCUGCUGGACGACGUCAUCCUGGCCACAGGAUACCAGAUCAAGUUUCCUUUCUUACCGAAGGACGUGGUGUCCGUAGUGGACAACCAAGUGCAGCUGUACAAGUACGUCUUCCCGCCCCAGUUGAAGCAUCCGAGUCUGGCCAUCAUUGGGCUCAUCCAACCAGUCGGCGCCAUAUUUCCAAUUGCCGAGAUGCAAAGCCGCUGGAUGGCCGAGCUGUUGUCCAAGAAACGCUCGCUACCCUCGGAGGAGGCCAUGUUCGAGAACAUCCGCAAGAAGCAAGAAUACAUGCGGCGCCGCUACGUUUCGUCCCCGCGUCACACCAUCCAAGUGGACUGGAUCAACUACAUGGACGAGCUGGCCAGCCAGAUCGACGCCCGACCUAACCUCCUCAAGUACUUAUUCACGGACAACGAACUCUUCCGCGCGCUGCUCGGGCCCUGCGUGCCGUACCAGUUCCGGCUCGAAGGUCCGCACCCGUGGUCCGGCGCGCGGCAGGCGAUCCUCGACUCGCGCUACCGGGUGAUGUACCCGCUCAACGACCAAUGCACCUCCUUCAGGCGCAAGAAGAAGGGCCCGUCGGCAUUCCUCUACAUGUUCCUUUUCUUCUUCGUGCUGGCCGUUGCAUACGCGCUUUCUGGAAUACGGCAACAUUCCUAAUAACUUCGCCCGUCCUUGUUGAUCUCCUCCCUAAGGACUCAAAAUGCAAAGGUUUAUUCGCUAAGCCCAUUGGAGCGCGUGUCCUAGAAGCGGGUGCCAGAAGCAGGUGAUAUCUCCUGUUCAGCGCUGAUGUGUUCCAACGGACGAACAAGUGCACCAUAAACGCAGCAUACGGACUAGUCGUGUAUACAGUGCAGUUGAGUUUACUGUCCACUGUGACAUUUAUGUUGCUGCGAAUAAUGCACAUUGUUUUGUUGAAAAUAAAGAAAUUAUAGUUUCGUCUCGA